AUGAGUUGUUUCGGAUACAGACGAGAGCUGAGUAAAUAUGAAGAUGUGGACGAGGACGAGCUUCUGGCUUCCCUCAGCCCCGAGGAGAUUGCCGAGCUGGAAAAGGAGCUGGCGGACAUCGAUCCUGACGCCAACGUGCCCAUCGGACUCAGACAGAGAGACCAGACGGACAAGACCUCGACGGGCACCUUCAGCAGAGAGUCCCUCAUGAACUACUGGGAAUCCGAGACACGUAGACUGCUGGAGGACGAAAUUGGUGGAGGAAGCCCCAAACUGGAUGAAGAACAGGAGGAAGAAGAGGAGUGUGUGACAGAAGAAAACAGUGAAGCAGAGGAUGAAAAAGAUGAUGAAAAUGAGAAAGAACUGACAAAAUAUGAAAGGAAGGAAGAAGAGGAGGAAGAACAGAAUGAUGAGGAUGAUGAAGAAGAAGAAGAAGAGGAAGAAGAAGAAGAAGAGAGUGAGGAAGAGGUGGAAGCUGCAACAGAGGAGGAGGAGGAGGAGGAGGAAGAGGAGGAAGAAGAGGGGGAACAAGAAAAUAAAUCAAAACUUGAACCCUCAAAAGAUUCUGGGACGUCAUGGGCAGAAACCCCAAAUCUACUAAAACCUCAGAGGGUGGAGCCUGUUAGACUGACUCCUCCCCCUCCACCCGCUGACCCCAACGCGACCGGAAACCCAACUGUUGUUGACGAAGCUCUGCAGCGAGUCCUGAGCAACGAUCCUGAACUCACAGAGGUCAAUCUCAACAACAUUGACGACAUCUCAAAGGACAUCCUGAUCCGAUUUGCUGAAGCCCUGUGGUCCAACACACACGUGCAGAUCUUUAGCCUCGCGAACACUCACGCCGACGACGCCGUGGCCCUGGCCACCGCCAAGAUGCUGAGGGAGAACUCGUCCAUCACCAGCCUGAAUAUAGAGUCCAACUAUGUGACUGGAAAGGGCGUAAUGGCGCUGGUUCAAGCACUUCCAGGAAACAACACCCUGACUGAGCUUCGGUUCCACAACCAGAGACACAUGUGUGGAGGACAGGUGGAGAUGGAGAUGGUGAAGAUUCUGAGGGAAAACUGCACCUUGAUCAAGCUGGGAUACCAGUUCAACCUCCCUGGUCCCAGGAUGAGCAUGACUGGGAUCCUCACCAGGAACCAGGACCGCAAGAGACAGAAACGUCUGCAGGAGCAGAGACAGCAGCAGCAGCAGCAGGGACAACAAGGGGGGGCAGAGGGAGCCGUCAACCCCCGGACCACUGCACUAAGAGGAACACCUAGUUCAUCACCCUACAGCUCACCUUGGUCCUCACCCAAAGUCCCCCGGCGUGACCUGCCAAAGAAGCAGACCCCACCUGCUCCACCUCCUCCUCCACCACCACCUCCUCCGCCACCUCCUCCCCCGCCACCGCUCCCGCAAAAAGAGAAGACGAAGCCCACCAGGAUGAUCGCGGAGGUCAUCAAGGCGCAUGAGGCGGGCAGCAAGAAGUCGACCAAGGCCAAGGGGAAGAAAGGCAAGAAGGGCAAGCAGAAAGAGGAGACAAGCAGCAUCCUGACGGAGCUGAAGAACGCGCUGAGGCCCGUGCUGCUGGAGAGGAGGGGGGCGGAGGAGGGCAGCCGGCCUUCCACGCCACUGAGGUCAGCCCACGACCAGCUGAUGGAGUCCAUCCGCAGCAGCGCCAUGUGCAACCUGAAACGGGUGGAGGUGCCACCUCAUCUACUAUAG